AUGCCCUAUCACCAGCUCUCAUGCCGCCCGCCCGGCGGGUUUGAGAGCCAGCGUGCGAUGAACUUGCACCAUUUCCAUCCAAUCCUCACGGCGAGUCGGUUGAGUGCACAUAAGUUCGAUAGCUCAGACAUACGAAAGUCGCAGUUUAGCCGAGUCGUGCGAGCAUCUCCGGCCAUGGCUGACUCAAACGAGCCGUACGUGGUGGUGGGAAGUCAGUACUGCCUGCCGGAAGAGUCGGUGCUUGUACUGAAGGAGAAGAUGUGGUCGCUGCGUGAGAAGGCCGAGAUUUGCGACGGUCAGGGUCAACUGGUCUUCAGGACCGAGGAAAAGGCAUGGGAUAUCAAGGAGCGGAAGACCAUUUUCAACGCGCAAGACGAGCCGGUGUGCUCCAUGAUCUGCAAGGUGUUCUCCCUCAGCAACACCACGUACCUCUGCGCUGGCGCCGACCCGGAACCUGACAACGCGCUGCUCACCGCCAAGAAAGUCGUGCUGUCCUGGUCACCCAUUCUCAACGUUUUCCUGAGAGGGAACACGUCAACUGAUCAACCUGACAUUAUUCUCAAAGGCAAUUUCGUUCAGUAUGACUUUAACAUCACCACCUCCAGCGGCCGUCUUUUGGCAACGGUGGACCGUAAGCUCCAGGCCAAGGAUAUUUUCUUGGCAACUCAGACAUAUUCAGUGCACAUCAAGCCCAAUGUAGACAGGGCUCUUAUCAUGGGCCUAGUUGCUAUGGCUGACGACAUUUUUGUCAACAGAGAAAAUGACAAGUAG